UCGUUACUAUUUAUAUCCGCUUCAAAUUGUUACUUUUCAACAUUCACUUUUCAAUAUUCAACCAAAAAACAAAAACAAAAAACAUUCAGUUUUCAAGCAGAAGUGUGGAGACAAUGGGUAUCAAUUUCGAGGACCAAACCACAUUGUUCAAUUUCGUGGUCAGAGAAGGUAACGGCGUGAAAGGAAUGAUAGACUCGGGCCUCUCUAGUGUUCCACGGCCCUUCGUCCAGCCUCUCUCUGAGCGAAUCCCGACCCAAAAAGCCCUUACGUGUGAGGCUACCCAGCCAAUCGAUCUUUCCAACCUAGACGGCCCACAACACAAGGAGGUGGCCAAGCAGAUUGUCGAAGCUGCCGAGACACUUGGCUUCUUCCAGGUGGUGAACCAUGGUGUUUCGGUGGAGCUGCUGGAGUUGCUAAAAUCGUCGGCUCAUGAGUUUUUUGCACAAGCUCCUGAGGAAAAAUCGAUGUACCUGAAGGAAGUGAGUCCAAGCAAGCUGGUUAAGUACGGAACGAGCUUUGUGCCAGAUAAGGAGAAGGCGAUUGAGUGGAAGGAUUAUGUGAGCAUGCUUUACACCAAUGACAGUGAGGCUCUUCAACACUGGCCUCAACCAUGCAGGGAGGUGGCACUUGAGUUCCUAAAUUCAUCGAUGGAAAUGGUGAAAAAUGUAGUUAACAUUCUGAUGGAGAAUGUUGGAGUGACACUAGAAGAAGAGAAAAUGAAUGGUUUGAUGGGAACCAAGAUGGUCAACAUGAACUACUACCCUACUUGUCCGAGCCCCGAGCUGACCGUCGGCGUCGGCCGUCACUCAGACAUGGGAAUGUUGACCGUUUUAUUACAAGACGGCAUUGGUGGUCUCUACGUUAAACUAGACAACGGUGAAUGGGCCGAGAUCCCUCCUGUCCAUGGAGCUUUGGUCAUCAACAUCGGCGACACUUUGCAGAUUUUGAGCAAUGGGAAGUACAAAAGUGCGGAGCAUAGGGUUCGAACCACAAACAUCGGAUCAAGAGUCUCUGUGCCCAUUUUCACGGCACCAAAUCCCUCCCAGAAGGUCGGUCCCUUGCCGGAAGUUGUGAAACGCGACGGAGUGGCUCGUUACAAGGAGUUUUUGUUUCAAGACUACAUGAAUAACUUCUUCGGCCAACCACACGACGGCAAAAAAUCUCUCGACUUCGCACGUGCCGAGUGAUACUAUCAGCAGUUGCCACGUACUAAUCAACCACAACUACGCGACACAGUUUCCUUUUUAUCCUUGUUCUUUUUCUAUCCCAGUUCCCACGUUACAAGGAGUUGUAUUGUUUUCCAUUUUUGUUUUCUUUUCUUUUUGAUGUAACUUUUUAUCCUUCUUCGAUCCAUGUUUUUAUUUUUGUACAAUUUACAAAUUAAUAAAAGUUGCCUUCUUCGUGUGCAUUCUUAAA